AGCGAGAUACAAUGUUAAUAGACGUACCAAAAUUGGCAAUUAUCAACCCCUUAGACUUCUGAUACUAGAAAAUGUUUUUUCUCCUUUACUGAUCAUUUCCGCAGCUCUCUUUUACUUUAAACAACAGUCCAUUCAUCGGUUCUGUAUGAACAAAAUGGCUCAGGCAAUCCGAUACUUUGAGCUGAACACCGGAGCUAAGAUCCCCUCUGUAGGACUCGGAACCUGGCAGGCUUCUCCUGGCGUAGUUGGCGCUGCUGUUGCUGCUGCUAUCAAGAUCGGGUAUCGGCAUAUUGAUUGUGCUCAAGCCUAUGACAAUGAAAAAGAGAUUGGUUCUGUUCUGAAGAAAUUGUUUCAAGAUGGUGUUGUGCGACGUGAAGAUCUUUGGAUAACCUCCAAACUCUGGUGCACUAAUCAUGCACCGGAAGAUGUACCGGUGGCGUUAAAUAACACCUUACACGACUUGCAGCUGGACUAUCUAGAUCUCUAUCUGAUUCAUUGGCCUGCCAGCAUGAAGAAGGGUUCAGUUGGAUUUAAGCCUGAGAACCUGACCAAGCCUGACAUUCCUAGUACAUGGAAAGCAAUCGAGGCACUAUACGACUCUGGAAAAGCUCGAGCUAUUGGAGUAAGCAAUUUCUCGUCUAAGAAGCUAGGAGAUCUGCUGCAGGUAGCUCGUGUUCCUCCUGCUGUUCUGCAAGUGGAAUGCCAUCCUGUCUGGCAGCAGCCUAAGCUACAUGCAUUCUGUGAAUCCAAGGGAAUUCAUAUAACUGGAUACUCACCAUUGGGUUCCCCAGGCACCGGAACCAUCAAGAAAGAAGUCCUCAAGCAUCCAGUUCUGAAUAUGGUAGCAGAGAAAUUGGGCAAGUCUCCUGCUCAGGUAGCUCUUCGUUGGGGGCUACAAAUGGGUCACAGUGUUUUGCCUAAGAGUACAAAUGAAACAAGGAUCAAAGAGAACUUUGAUGUUUUUGAUUGGUCCAUACCUGAAGAAUUGUUUGCCAAGUUUGCUGAAAUUGAGCAGGAGAGGCUGAUCAGAGGCAGCGGAUUCGUUCAUGACACAUUCGGGGCAUACAGGACCUUUGAGGAGCUAUGGGAUGGUGAGUUUUGAACAUACACCAAAACUAUAAGGUCUAAGCAAUUAUAUAUGCCUAUAUAUAUAUAUGUAUGCCCACCAACAAUGCUUUUAAAUGUUUGGGAAGAUAUUGCCAUGGCUCUUGUAAAGCAGUCCUUUGCAAUUUAAGUAUACUAUAUGAUCUUUGGAUGUAGUUAUGGUGACUAUAACUUUAUGGUAUGUAAUAAUAUUAGAAACUCA